AUGAGUUUGCAGGCCCCACCCACACUCCUGGAGCUGGCAAGUCAGAGCCUGGUGAGGAAUGAGGCCUUGGACCCCUCCUCACUACAGGACCUGCCCAUGGACUUCUUCCUACCGAUUUUCUUGGAGGCUUUCAAAGGGGGACAGACACAUGUGUUGAAGUCAAUGGUACAGGCCUGGCCAUUCCCUUCCCUGCCCUUGGGGUCACUGAUGAAGACACCCCAUCUGGAAACCUUGCAAGCCAUCCUAGAUGGGCUUGCCAUGCUGCUUGCCAUGAAGGAUCGCCCCAGAGAGUGGAAACUGCACGUGCUCAGUCUGCAGAACGGGGAUGAGAACAUCUGGAAGAUGGGGUGUGGACGCAUAGCCCGCGCCUGCUCAGAGCUCCCUGGCUGCCUCUUGCAAUGGGUGAAGAUGAGGAAACAGGUCGUCCAGCUGUGCUGCAGGAGGCUGCAGAUUUUGUCAGAUUCCACAUACAAAAUAGAGAAAUUCCUGCGUGUUGUGUGCCUUGACAGCAUCGAGGAGCUGGAGGUGGACAGUUUUUUUCAUCAAGACACCAUGAAAGUAUUUGUUCCUUACCUGGGCAGGAUGAGGAGUCUUCGGAAGUUUUCCUUUCAUGAAUCAGACUUGAAGCAUCUUUCUGAGUGUCCAAGCACAGGACAGCUGAAGCAUCUGAACCUGAGCAACAUUGACAUGAGAAACUUCAGUCCUCAGCCCCUCCGGGCUCUGCUAGAGAAGGUGGCAGGCACUCUUGAGACCCUGGUCUUAGACCUAUGUGGCAUCAACGAUUCCCAUGUCGACCACAUCCUGCCUGGCCUGGACUGCUGCUCACAUCUCACUAUGCUCAGUUGUUAUGGGAACCACAUGUCUAUGUCUGGUCUAUCAAACCUGAUGUGCCACACUAAGGAACUGAGCCAGUUAAGUCAUGUGUUGUAUCCUGUACCUUUGAUAUUUGAGGAAGAAUACUAUGUUGACUUUUCCACGUUGAGGCAG